UUCACUGAAAGUUGACCUAAGAGCCAGAAUGGAGUACCAACAUGACGUAGAGAUCAACGGAGAAGACAAGUACCUGAACAUCUGCAAACAUAAUGGUUUGUGCAAGAAAGAGAAGGACUCCAAAGAUGAUACAGAUUCAAACAAGCUUUCUCACAUUGAGAAGGCUUAUACCACCAUACUGAGUGAGCUGGGAGAGGACGUCGACCGGGAGGGACUUCUACGUACACCCCUACGUGCAGCCAAAGCCAUGCAGUUCUUCACCAAAGGCUACAAAGAAACCAUUCAAGAUAUCUUGAAUGACGCAAUCUUUGAUGAAAACCACGAUGAGAUGGUGAUUGUCAAGGACAUCGACCUGUUUUCUCUCUGUGAACAUCACCUGGUGCCCUUCUUUGGCAAGGCUCACAUAGCAUACCUCCCAAAUAAGAAAGUGGUUGGCCUAAGCAAGCUUGCUAGAAUUGUUGAAAUAUACAGUAGGAGGCUUCAAGUUCAGGAGCGUCUCACCAAACAGAUUGCUUCAGCCAUCUCUGAGGCGCUGGAGCCGGCUGGAGUAGCAGUGGUGAUUGAGGCUGCCCACAUGUGCAUGGUGAUGAGAGGUGUGCAGAAGAUAAACGCCAGCACUGUUACAAGUGUCAUGCUGGGAACAUUUCAGGAUAAUCCCACCACAAGGAAGGAGUUCCUUGACCUCACUAUCAGGAAGUGAAAAUGUUUUACAUCAGCAGGCAAUUUAACAGACGACUGAUUAAAUGAACAUGUACUGUCUCUCAUGGUGGUGGUGACCGAUCAAGCUUUUUUCGUAGUAUUUAUGUAUUUAUCUAAUUUGACCGUUACCCGAGAAGGGCCGCUGGAACCAUGAUUUUCAGUUGACUUUUAAUUGUCAUUCCAAUACUUUAUUUGUCUAUUUCUGUUUGUUUUAUGCCACACAGGUGCUGUUGUUUUUUGGCUUUGUCAUUAGACUUAAAGCAAUGUUGUUAAUUUCGAUGGCUGCUUUUUGGAGCAAAGGAGAGUCAAUUGAUCAAUACCUUUCUGAAAUAAUGUUUUACUAUAGCUUUGUUGCAAAAAACAACUUUCUGUAAUAAUUAUUUAGGUUAAUGUAUUUCUUUCCAACGCAAAUGUACAUUUAAAAUAAACA